AUGGGCAGGACAGGUGAAAGAACCGCUGCUACAGGCCUGCUGGUGCUGACUCUGAUACAAGGUGCACUGGCCUCCAGUGCCGUGAAGGUCCUGCCGUCUGUCAACCCUGCCAAAGUGGGAGACACACUGGUCCUUUCUGUGUCUCCUCCCACGAACCUGAAGAGUGGGAGCUGGGCAGUGGACGACUCCCUCAUCCUGACCUGGGUGGGGGACCAGCAGGCCGUCUUCCCCAGCCACAAUGGCAGGGUGUCGGUCGACCUCAGCACCGCCGCUCUCACCCUGAGCUCGGUCACUGUGGCCGACUCAGGGCUCUACAUCGUGCAGAGCACCGACCCCAAGAUCAAGGCGAAUGCUACCAUCACUGUUCUGGAAGCCAUCUCCAAUGUGACUCUGUGGGCUAAUCAAACCAGCCUGCUGGAGUUCAACGAUUCAGCAGUUCUUACCUGCUCUGUCUCCUCUGGCUCCUCCCCCUCCUACACCUGGCUGAAUGGCAGCUCUGUGGUUACAGCCAGCGAGCGAGCUCAGAUCACUGAUGGAGGCUCCACUCUCACUAUAGUCAAUGUGACCCGCUACGACCAGGGACCGUUCACAUGCAACGUGUCGAACGCUGUCAGCGGUGGAACAAGCCACUCUUUAAACCUUACAAUCAGCUAUGGUCCAGAUGGCAUGGACUUUACAGUGAAUGGGCAGAACACUACUUCCUUCAUUACUGGAUCCAAUUUGACCUUUUUCUGCUCAGCCCAGUCCAGUCCCCCAGCUCAGCUCCAGUGGGCUUUCAGAGGGGAGGCUGUGAAUGGGACGAGUGCAGAGCUGGAGCUGUACGGUGUCACCGAGGACCAAAGUGGUCCGUAUUCCUGCCUGGCCUUCAACAACAGGACCAACAUGUUCAGCAAUAUCACCAAACAUAUCACCAUAGCCAAGUCUCCACUUUCAGGAUCAAAACAGCAGACACUUAGUGUGUGGCUCCUGCCCUUCCUGUUAUUGGCUGGAUUCCUCUUCUCCUUGCCAGACUUUGGUGGGUCACUGAGCCAGAUGCACUGA